CGUCGUUCUCGGGUCACUAUAGUUACAAUAGAAGCUAUCAGUACGAAAUACGCGCGCAGAUGCAACCAAUAUGAGCAGGCAAUCGGGAAAAGCUUCAUUGAAAGACAACAAUUCGCCAGCCACCUCUUAUCUACUGUCUGUCUUGGAAAAAAGAGUGAAAGAAGACACCUUUCGUUCACCUGAGUCAACUUUAUCUCGCGUUUCCAGCGCGUUUGCUUCCUUAGAUGAAAUUCUUCCUCAUUGUGGAAUAUACACACCAGUGUUGAAGCUUAUCAAGGAAGAAUUGAUAGAUGCUGUAUACAGUGACACAUAUACUACAUCAUCAAGUUCAGAUGGCAGAAAUUCAACACAACUUGAAAGAGUUCCAUACUUUGCGUUACUGCAGCGUUUACAUGAACAACGCAGUGAAUCAACUGAAUUAAUGGAAGGAAAGAUAAACAAGGUCAAACAGGAGAAUGAAAAAAUCAUGAAAGAAAUACGCGAUAAAGAUGUUUCUAUUGCUGAGCUGCAAGCAUUGGUUGAGAGUUUGAAACAAAAUGAAGUUGAAUUAAAUGAAGUUAUUUUAAGCAAAGAGGCUGAGCUUGAUGAUAUUAACAGCAAAGUCAAAGAUAUAAAGGUCCAUGCAGACGACAAAACACAAGCAUAUGAAGAGGUACUCAAAGAAUUAAAACAGAUUAUUGGGAAUCUUCGAGGGGAAAGUGGUAACCUGCGUAAAUAUAAAGUUGCCUAUGAUACGCUGAAAGACACGUUUGAUUUACCUGCUGAUAAAAGACCAAGAAGAGGUUUUCGUCGCCCAGUAGUAUCAACCAAAAAGACACAACUGUUGUCAAGCAUAGAAGCUGCUUCGAAACUCGAGCAACAAAUAAUUGAAGUUCAAACAAAAUGUUUGGAGGAGUAUGAUCAAUAUUUGGAAGAAGUAAAGGAAACUCUUUCCGCUAAAAAGUUUGCUGAUAAUGAAAGCGAUGCUGAAUUUUUUAACGAGGAACUACAGUUGGAAACAUUGGGAGAUGAGAUGACAGCGAGGUUGAGGAAUUUUCAAAGGUUGAUCUCAGGCUCAGUUGUGGAGUUGGAACUUGUAAGGCAGCAUCGAGAUUCCUUGCAAAGUCAGCUCUCACAGAUGGAACAGGCAGAGAACAUGGCAGCAGGUGAUGCAGGGAGCAAUGCUGGAACUCUUCCUCCCUCUUCCAUGGCUGGAGGACCUGGGAGCAGCAGGAUGAUGACUCAUGAUCAAAUUGGGAAGAAGACAAGCACAGAAUCCCAGUUUUCAAUUGAAAGUGGGUUGGAAGAAGACACCACUCCACUUGUUGACCCUACAAGUGAUCCAUUCAACCCACAAGAACGACUUCUCAGCAAAUACUCAGCGAUGAUAUAUACAUCUGUGAACUCAGGUAAAACUUUUGAUGAAAUCAGCUUUGCACAAUUCUGCCAGAGCUGUGGAGAAAAAACAGCAGUUUGUCCGCACAAAAUAACAAAGAAUGAUAUGGUAGUUCCUCUACCUCGAAACUGUACACACAUCAAACUAGCGAGGCCUAUGGUUCGUCUGAGCAUGCCUGCUAUUUCACAACAUGGAGUUCAUGACCAUGAAGCAUAUGGACAACACGUGCAUGGGAAAUGGUAUGACACAAUACAUGAGGGGCAACACUGGAAUAAUUUAGAUACCUACGAUGUAAUAUCAACUCGAAGUCUUCUUACUCCACUAUGGGAAGAUGCCAAGAGAUUGGCGGGUAUUGAAACCAAUGCUAGCACAUCGUCUGUGUGUUCUGCACGGGAUUUAUCUCUGCAUAGAGUUCUUUCGUUACUGGAGCAAUUUUAUGCAAGUGUAGUUUGGAGGGAUGAGAAGUCAACAGCUGAUGAUGAAGUCUCAACUAUCAGGGAACAUCUGUACAACUUCAUGUCUGAAAGAUAUCAAGAAGAUGAAAUAUCUCCAGUCGCUACUUAUGAUCUCAUAACAGCUAUUGUAAAACAUGCAGCACAUGACAAGUCAGUUUUGGUUCUUGGAUUAACACUUGCUGGUGUGUUGGAUGGCUCAGUUGCAAGAUAUGUUCAUUUGAUCGCUGAUUUUGUUGAAUCUGUUGAUUGGAAAAAUGUUCAUGAUUUUGAAGCAUUUGCGUCUUGUCUCUAUCCAUUCAUGCAUGAAGAUGAUUUAGAGCAGUUUGUGAUGGAGUUCACCGCACACAGUGAGAAUAAAAUAUCAAAAACACUUGUCCUUAAUUAUAUUAUUCAUAUCAUCACAAAGAAUAAAGAACCGCGAAUGCUGGAUGCUGAAGCAAAAUUAUCUGGUCUUGGCAUGAAGGAAAAAGGGCAAAUGACGACCCAGGAAUUUCUAAACGCCAUGGAAACAAUUUCUCCCCUUGCUAAUGAACAGUUGGUGAUCCGGCUUGUCCAUGAAUGCAUGCUUACCAUUGGAUAUUCUGUUGCACCAGUUAAAAGAUUGGCUUCCAUUGCAGCAUAUAUAACUCUCUUACAAAUCUGCACUUUAUUAAAAGAACAUAUUUGUGAGAGAGUAGAAAAGGCAAGACAAAAAGAGAGAGAAGUUGUCACCAAGCUGAGUUCUUCGAAAAGUCUUGUCCCUGAAACUGGAAAAAUUAUCACAAUGACUGAGAUAAAGAAAUUGGCCUUCAACAUAGCUCGACAGCGUCAAGCAGGGAAUCGACAAUCCCAGGUCCCAUAUGAAGACGACAUGUAUUGGAAUUCUAGACCAAACACAAGAGACAGUCUUUUUUAACAAAAAUUUUCCAAAAAAAAAAAUUUUUACAGAAUUUUUUCCUCCAAAAUUUUUUGAUGAAAAUUUCUCCAAAAAUUUUCACGUUUAUGAAAUUUAUUUAUUUGAUUGUAAUAAAAAUUGCACUGU